AAGUAUAAGUGAACCAAAAUCGACGAAAACGUCGAAAUCCAUCCCUUAAUUCACUUGCAUCACUUACUGGGUAACCUGCUCAUGCUGAUCUUAUAUUUCGAAUCAAUAGUGACUUGUUUGAGUGUUUCAUUAUUAAAUGUAUUCAAUAAACUGCACUUAAGAAUUAAUAUUUAAGAGAAGUAGAAGUCAGAAUCUGAAGUUGACAUAGCUGAGGCCAGAGAUACAUUUUUGUGUGCCAGACAUUGUCUUUAUUUACUUAACUUAAGUGUGUCAGAUAUUGUGAUAAAUGUGUCAAUAUCGUUUCAAAUGUCUUAAAAUGUGUUAUAAAUUUUUUUGGAGGGGUCGUAUUUUUAAUUCAGUUACAAAGUGGUGUUGGUGAAUAUUUUCUACUGCAACUAAAUUUCGACUGACCACUGUUGAAUACACCUAAAAUUUAGGCUAAAUAUUUGUUGUUAUUCUUUGACCAUCCGUUUGUUUGUAUUCCUUGCCCAUCCGAACCCUAGACCACCAGUCUAUGAGUACAAAAAGCACAGUGUUUUUCUCCAAGCGCAGUGAAAAUCUGCUACCCGUACAAUGUGAAUUCUGAUAUAAUGCGGUCUGAAUUCUGAUAUAACGUGGUCGUGACAUUUCGUAUAGGCAUUCCAAAAAUGAUUUUUUUUUUAAAAGUACGUGAAAACAGUAUAAGACUGAUACUUAAUAAAUUAUUGUCCUGUUUUGUGUAACUAUGAAAUACAGUUUACAUAGAAUUCUUUACAUUUCUGGAUGAAAAAAAAAAUCUUUAGUAUGUGUUAAUUUUAUAAAAUGUUUAGGGUAAUUAAAAAAUUUUCAUAUUUUAUUAUGUUCCAGAAAUCAAUAGGAAAUAAAAAGUCAAUGUCAAAAUAAAUGGAGUACUUCCCAGCAACAAUGGAUAUCAAGCACAUAUAUGCAGAUAAAUUUCCAAACUUAUUUAAAAGAAUUCUAAUUUGCUGGAAAGAUGCACCAACUCAUGACAGCUGGAUAAUGGAGAAAGUAAUGGAGCUAUUCUGCAAAGAAAUUGGUUAGUUAAUAUUUUUUUUUUUAGAAUAGCAUCAAUUGUUAAACUGUGUUUUGCAGAACUUCGUGCGGUGCUGAAAUCCAUCAGGGAUUCAUUAAUAGAAGAAAUAAUAUGUUAUGAACCUGCAUUAUCAAUAGCUAUAUUAUUUAUUAUUUACCAGUGUUAAUGAUGAUGAUUAUUGAAAUUUCAGAGUCAAAGUUAUUUCAUAUCUAUUACCGGUAUAUAAAGUUCAUUGUGACUAUGUUUGUAUAUUUCUAUGAAUGUAUUUUAAUUUGAUACUUUAUGACAAGAAAAAAAACAACAGUGGAUCACAAUCAAAUUUGACAUGAUCAUACCUCCUGACCUAUACAUGGUUCCUGGAAAGUUUGUUGAAAAUUCCUGUAUCCCAAAAGCUUAAAAUGUUGACAGUAAAUAGUAAAAAAAUUUUUUUGUUAAAAAUGGCUUCGAGGGACGUUUAAGUUAAGUUUUUAAUAAGUCUUCAUUUAGAAUGGAGUGCUAUCAAACAUGUAUUUUAUCUAUUGGUGCAAGAAAAAAUCUAUGUUACAAUGUAAAUGUAAUGCUGAUUUCAAUAGUGCAUAAAAGAAAAUUCCCUAUAAUACUGUAACCGCAGUCAUCAAUGUGCAAAUUUGUGUUCAAUAUGCGCCAAACAUAAAAUGGGAUUCAAACACUUUGAGGGUUUAUAUUUAAAUCAAACCAAUUUAAAUAAAAUAAAAUAAAUAUUCUUAAAUCUAAGUACAUGUAAUCUUUAAUGUGUAUUAUUAUACAUUAUAAAUAUAUUUAAUAUAAUAAUUAAGUAAUUAUUUUAACUGAAUGUGAGAGUUAAUAUAAUAUGUAAAAUAAGAUUGACAUUACACUGUCAUCUUCUUCUUACUAUUUUUAUUAAAUUGGAAGCAUAUUAAUUGGGAAACUGCGAAUAAUUGUGUUUUAGCAGUUUUAUUUCUUUGUCAAACUUAUGCAAUUAAUUUUAAUUGCAGGAAUGACUGAAAAGGUUAUCAAAUUUUUUGCUUGAACUCAAUAAACCAAACAAAAAUAAGUUAAUCUUAUAAGAACUUACUUUAAACCUAAAAAUUGCAAGCUUUUUAAAUUUUCUUGAUUGUAAGAGGUUUUUUAACUUUUCUUGCUUUUUAAAUUGUUAAUUAAUGUUUUAACAUACUAAACCAAAUUUAAGCUUUGUAUCUAUAACAUUUAAUAAGUUCUUAUUAUUUUUCACUCCAAAAAUUUGCAAUUUAUUAAAUUAAUAACCUAUACCACAUCUUUGUUGACUUCAAGAAAGCAUUUGACAGGGUUUGGCAUGCUGCUUUAUGGACCACCAUGAGGCACUACAACAUCAACACAAACCUAACCAGCAUGAUCUGCAACCUUCAUGAAAAGGCCACCAGUGCAGUCUUCCUCAACAACAACAUCGGAGAAUGGUUCAAGACCACGGUUGGAGUACGACAAGGCUGCCUGCUCUCCCCCACCCUAUUCAACAUCUUCCUAGAGAGAAUUAUGUCAGAUGCUCUGGAAGCGCAUGGAGGGACAGUCAGCAUUGGUGGCAGAACAAUCACUAACCUACGCUUUGCGGACGACAUAGACGGACUGGCUGGGAACAAAGAAGAGCUAGCCAACCUGGUAAAGCGUCUCGAUAAGACCUCGUCGUCCUAUGGCAUGCUAAUCAGUGCCAAAAAGACAAAACUGAUGACAAAUAAUACCGCAGGCAUCACCACUGAAAUUAAGGUCGGGGAGGAAAGAUUAGAGACUGUCGGCCACUUCAAAUACCUAGGAGAAAUAGUCUCAGAAGAAGGCUCCAAGCCCAAACUGAUGUCCAGGAUUGCGCAGGCUACAACAGCACUAAAGAAGCUCAAGAAAAUAUGGAAUGACAAAAAUAUAGCCCCCAGCACCAAAAUCAGGCUGAUGCGCUCAUUAGUCUUCUCCAUUUUCCUGUAUUCCUGGACAUUAACAGCUGAUUUUGAAAGGAAAAUAAAGGCAAUGGAGAUGAGAUGCUUCAGAAGCAUUUUUGGCAUCUGCUAUAGGGACCAUAUCUCCAAUGGUACAGUGAAAGAAAGGGUUCGUCAGGCAAUUGGGGAGUGCGAUGACCUACUGGCGACUGUGAAAAAACGCAAACUACAAUGGUACGGCCACGUAACAAGGAAACAAGGGCUUGCCAAAGAAAUUUUGCAGGGCACCACAAGAGGACGGAGAAGAAGAGGAAGACAAAGAUGGGAGGAUAACAUCAAAGAGUGGACAGGACUAACACUGGGCGAUGCAGUGCGUAGUGCUGAAGACAGAGAGGAAUGGAUGAGGAUGGUUCACAUGUCAUCUGUGGCGCCCCAACGGUCCAAGGACUAAGGGACAUGAAGAUGAAGAAAUUAAUAAAGGAAAAAGAGGAACUCAGUGUUAAAAAUAUUUUAAAUAAGAAUAUGCUGUUCAAGUUCAAGCCAUAUUUUUCAUAUUGUUUGAGGUCAUGUGCAACAAAAUGUCAUUCUGUUGCCAGAUUUUUGUGGUCAGUGGAGUUUUCAGCAGAAAGCAAAUUGACAGUGUUGAAACCUGCAUUAAAUCAAGCAUAUUGGAGAUAAAGCCUUUUUUCAGUUGCCACAAGCCAUCAACAAUCGAAGUGCUGGCCAAGAACACAACAAAUGGAUGCUGCAAAUAGGCAUGGGUUAUCAUCCAGCUAUCGAAGUCAUCGAGGACUCCACCUUUAAAAUGCUAUAGCAAAUAUUUAAGAACUGAGAUAUUAUCGUUUCCAUUUCGUCAUCCUAGUUUCUGAGAUGUGACUUAAAGAAUUGGGCAAGCAUGUUUUGAAAGCCUAAAAAAAUCAAGCGAAAAUGAAAGGUGAAUCGAAAGAUCAUAGAAAUGAAUACAAGACAUGUUGAGAUCUAUUACAAUUCUGAUUCACAGAUAACAGAAGAGUCCAGGGAUGUUCAAAUUUCAGAACUGUCCAGUAAGAGUUCAUGAAUCAACAAACUCUAUGGGUGAUGCCCUCUCACUAUAUGCUUCUAGUUCAUGUUGUAAGAGUUAUGCUUCUGCAAACCUGCAUCCCAGUAAAGGACCAUACAAUGGAAUUCACAUGGUCUUUAAGCAGCUGCAUCUGAAAUAAUUUCCGAGUGCAGCCCUGUGCAUAGUGUUUUCUUUCAGAGAAAUGUUAAUUCUAAGGUAUUGACAUUACCUGCUUAUGCAAUCACACAAAUAAGACACAUUUGAUCAAGUAGGUAUCGUGUCACACAGAACAUCCAGAGAUAAAUCAGCCCGGCCGAAUUGGCCCUUAAAAAAACAGUCCAGGCAAGAAAUUAUUAGAAUCUUUCUCUUUGGAGACCACCCCAAAAAUGAUUAACAGAAUAUUCUUUCAUCCUUUUUAACAAAAAAAAAAAAAAAUAAAAAAAAUAAACACACAUUGUUUAUUCAAAACCCAAUAAGAACAUUCCCUUUUAUUAUCAUCCAGAUUUUAGGAACUCAAGACAAAUGACAUGUUAAAUUAAAACUAAGGACUGAAAUUCCAUUCAAGUUUCGUUAUUCUAUUUUGUCCCCAGCUCACGACCUGGAGUUAGUGAAAACUGUUGGGUUUAACUCAUUUCUAGAGAGUUUUUUUGAAGACAACAAGUUGAUAGAGUACCCUGACUUUGUGAUGAACAAUGUGUCCCUGAUGGCUGGCCAAGUGCUUCUGUCAGCAUCAUCGGAUGAUUUGAGCUGUUUUGAGAAACCAGCUUUCAGAAUUAUUCAGGCUCCUUUGCAAUACUGGAUGGUCAAAAAGGGGCACAGAGUAGAUGUGACAUUUUUAUUGUACCAAAAGUUUCUGCACCAGAACGCCAUGCUCCAUUUGUUAGAGGAAGUAGACUGUAAGAUAUGGCAUUUAUUUAUACUCUAACAUUACUCUUUGUAGAGUUCACUUUUACAAUGAAAACUCUUGUUAUACACAUAUUAUGGUAUGAUAAAUGUUCCAUUUGUUAUGCACACAAUUCAAACUUUUCCUGAUUCUUAAAACCCGCUGCAUUAAGUAUCUGCUAUUAGAUAUAUAAAAAACCAGUUUCCACAAACUAGUCAAAGAAUGUAAAAAUUAUUGAUUACUUUUCAUUGCCACACCAAAUGAUGUUUUUUAUUGAUGAAAUCUUGUUUUGAAUGGAGAGUAAGAUAGACUAUGAUGUUAUUUAGAACGAUAUUACUUGCAAGAUACUUUACCUGCUAAUGUUAACUUAUUGCUUAAUUAACUAUUGCCUUCAGUUGAUGCUCCCCAAGCGUUUGCCCAUGCCCUAACUAGUCCUUUUAACUACACCAGGAAGUCAGCAGCUGAUUAUUUUGUACAGCUUGUAAAAUUCUCUUUCCAACCUCUCGAUGAAAUAGAAAGUUCAGCUAAAAUGAGGCUAAGGCUACAAGGAAUCAUGUCUGCAGUGAUUCAGCAGUUCAAUGAAGUAGCAGGAAAACAGAUGGAUGAUUUGAGUGGCAAGUCUAAACCAGAUGGUCCACCAGUGUACCCCUGGUCUGUAUUUGUGAACUACUGUCAGCUUGCGAGUGAUUGUGCUGCCGCAAGUCCCGACUGGUGUCGUCUGGCCGCCACAACAACUCUAUUUGAUAUUGUACUAGAUGUACUUCAGGCUGCACCAGUAGAGAUCAUCACUGAUGCACCAGACCUGACAAGGUCUUGUGCUUCCAUGUUGGUCAAACUGCUCCAGUUCAGGUUUGUGUAUGUGUAGCCUCAUAGUGCUUCACAAAUACUACUAAAUCUUUGACAAAAAUUUCUAGUAAAUCUAUAACCUUAUCAUAAAACAUAAUUGUUUCAUCCCACAACAGUUGUAGGAGCAGCACUCAGAUUAGUUAAUUUGCUCAGUAAACCUUCUGAACUGAAUAUUGCCUUAAACAGCUGUAUAGUCAUUUCUACUGUUGUUUAAGAUAACAUUACUAUUUAAGCUGCAAAUAACUAAACUAGGGUACUCAUAUUGUCUUAGAAUAUCCAGACUCAUGGAUAUUGUGUGCACAAAAUUUCAUUGUCAUUAGGUUGAAUUAUAAAAUAAUGUAUCAUUAGAUAUUUCUGCAUUUACUUUUCUUGAUUGUGGAAAUUGAAAUAUUUGGAAAUAGAGAUAGACAUUUUUUUGGCUGCUCAUCAUUUAUAAAUAUUUUUCUAUAAAAUGCAGUACAGAGCAUGGCAAGAAAGAAAAAUUAGACCAGUUGAGAGAUGUGAUCCAACAUUUGUGUACCAUCGACCAUUACACGAUCACCUGUGAUGUCAUUUCUGCUGCUGGGAUUAUUCUCACCAGGUGAGUACAUCUUAUUGUACAUUUUAUUACUCGCAUACAAGCUUUGCCGCUCAAUUACUUUUAAAAACUUAUGAUUAUUAUUUCGUACUGUUGAACUGUUGCAAUUUCCACUAUUUAUGUAAUUAGAUGAGGAAUGAUGAUUUGAAUAUCAGACAUAUCUUGUAAUUUGUCUAGUACAUUCAUCAUCAUCAUCAUGUCCCUUAGUUCUUUUAACCCUUGGGGCGCCACUGAUGACAUGAAAACUAUCCUUCUCCAAAUCAAAAUUUCUCUCAUGAAAUAAUGCACAGAAAGGCAUCUUCCUGGUGCUGCCUUUAGUCCUGUACAUUGUUUACCCAAUGGUAUUGAAGGGGGUAAAAUUAAAAUUUUGUUAUGAAAGAUGAUAAUGUAGUCCAACCUAAACUAAUUGAAUAACAAAUGAAUAACAGUGGCUCUUGGCUCAAACAUUUGCUCUUAUUUCAGUUUGCAUGACUGUAUCAAUGAAUGUAUUUAGGCUUUCAAAAACACACACUUUAAAAUGAUUUUAUUGUUUUCAGCUGGGAGAACCUUUCUGAAGAUGAUCAAAAGUUUUAUUUAGAGCUCUCGGUUCUUCCACUUUUUCUGGCACUGUGUGUAAGACCCCAGUCAGUCCUCACCUGUUCCAAGCACAUCAUAACAGCAGUGAAAACCUUUCUAGAAUCAGAGCUGAACUUGAAACCGUCUCGAAUGAUGAAGGAAGCUAUUAGUAAUUUACAUCUCAUAACAGAUUCCAGCAAGAAGGUAAGCUGAUACCUAACAACCUUUUUUAUCUUUUUAUUCUUUAUUUUCAUACUAUGGAAAGUGGAAGGCUUAAAUAUAAAAUCUGUAUAUAUUUGAAUCCUUUUCUUUUUAAUUGCACAAAAAGUGAAUGCCAUUAGUAGCACCCCCUAGGAGGCAUUUCAUGCAAAGGGGCAUUUCUGAGGCAGCAAGAAAAAGUGAUUAUAAGAAAAGAGGAGGCCUUAACUUAUAUGACUUUAUAUACAAACACACACACAUAUUUAUAUAUAUUUAAAAAAUUUCUUGCAAAACAUUUUUAAAAACUAAAUAAGUUACAUUUAUUUUCUGAGAUCUAUCGUUUGCCAUCUUUUCAUUAAAAAAUUACAAGUCCACAUUUUUAAUUUAAUUUUACAAGGCAUUUUUACUUUUGUAAGGGGUGCGAGACUUUGGCAAAUAAUUCAUAGGGGGUGAAGACUAUAGAAAAAAUUGGGAACCCCUGUUUUAAACAAUGUUUGUUCGCAAAUUAUAUUUGAUUACAUUUUUAUAUUUAAAUUUUUUUUUUUUUUACAGAUGAUGGUUACAAACUAUCGUUCAGUCCUCGAUUAUCUGUCCUUUAAGUCAACCGAGUCUCCUCCAAUAGCAGGACAAUCAAUAAUUACAGGAGACAGCAUACAUCAGAAACCUUUGAUAACAUUGGUAGCUUUGCAGAUGGAGACAUGCAGAGAGAACAUAAGUAAAUCUAGUGUUAUGUUUAAAUGUAAAAUUAAGUAAACAUAUCUAAUGUCCUAAGUAGAUAUACUUUCAAAUGAAUAAAUUUUAUGCUUUAAUUUUUUCCCACUUUAAUAGAGGAUGGUAAGGGAGAUGACUGCCUUCACAGUGUUCAAAUCUAUACAGAGGCUGCCUUGAAUUCAAGUGGUACUGCAUUAUGGGUAACAAGGAAAUAACAAGUUGGGAUAGAUUGGUGUUGUUUUUUUAAAAUCACCUUCGAAAAUUGUAUCAUUUUUUUAUGCCCACUCCAAUGUUCCAAUAUAUUUUAUAAAGUUAUUGUACUGCAAUCCCAGAUUGAACAAUGCAAUCUGAACUUAUUGGUAUCCCACAGAUCUUAAUGCACAAAAGUAUUACUGUAAAGGAAAAUAUUCCAAAUAGUAAAGACUUGUAUAUAGGUUCUGAAAUGAAAGAAAUUAUAUUUUUUUCCCCAUAGCCCAUUAUUUUGGAAUAAAACCUAAAAUCAAACAUAGUUUAUGAAAUUUUUUUCAGCAACUGUCCAGUGUCUUGGACUGUUAUCUGACUACCUUAUCAUGUAUCAGCAGCAGAGAAACGGUUGGUGUGUCCAGUGAGAUUCUGGACCAUGUCUUAAAAAGUGUUCAAGUGAAGAUGGUUGACAGGGAUCCAAGCAUUAGAGAACUUGCUGUCCAAGCUGCUGGACACUUGUAUCUUGUAGGUAAGUGGAGAAACACAGCGGAUAUAAAACUAGCUUGAUUCUGUUGUAGGGUAUUCUUGGAGAAAUAUUUUACCAUGUUCUUUAUUAUAAAAAAAAUGCGAAACAAGGUAUGGGGAAAACCUGGAGAGAAAAAAAACGACGCAACAAAACAACAAACGUGUCGGCAAGCAGCCUUCUUCAGUGAACAAAAAUAAAAACUGGACACAAAUAUAAAAAGCAUUUGUAUCCGGUACUAUAUAUAGUUUUAUUUUGUAGUUUAAAAAAAAUUUGUGUGAGUUUUGUUGUGCCCUUAUUUCAGGUUUUACCAUACCUUGCUUCACAUAUUCUGUAUAAACCUUUCUAAACCUUUCUAGUUUCUUUUCCCUUUUUAUCAUUGUUUAUAAUAAGCAAGCUUUAAAAAAAAUGUGCAUGAGAUGUCCUUACGUCUACUUAGAAGUUCCGUUUUAUUCACAGGUAACCCACAAAUAUCUUCUAUGUUGAUAUCUUCUGGAUGUUUGUUGUCUAUGUGGCAAUGUGUGGAGGAUCAGAUGGAAGGUGUGGCCACCAAAGUUGUUGAAAUUCUCGUCCAGGCUGCCAAAAAGGACAUGUUUUAUAAUCUACUGGCUCCAAUGAACACAACACAGGUGACUACAGGCAACUUCAUGUUGUUAUUCAAGGGCAUAUUCUUUAUUUUAACUGAUACAUUUCCUUGUCUUUGUGGGGACUCAAAAAAAAAAAAUCUCAAAUCAGUCUAUAAUCAUAUUAUUAUACAAGGCUAGUGGGUCCCAAUCUUUAAUCACAUUAUUAUACAAGGCUAAUGUGUCCCAAUCUUUAAUCACAUUAUUAUACAAGGCUAGUGGGUCCCAAUCUUUAAUCACAUUAUUAUACAAGGCUAGUGGGUCCUAAUCUUUAGUCAUAUUAAUAUUAUUAUACAAGGUUGAUGGGUCCCAAUCUUUAAUCACAUUAUUAUACAAGGCUAAUGGGUCCCAAUCUUUAAUCACAUUAUUAUACAAGGCUAAUGGGUCCCAAUCUUUAAUCACAUUAUUAUACAAGGCUAGUGGGUCCCAAUCUUUAAUCACAUUAUUAUACAAGGCUAGUGGGUCCUAAUCUUUAGUCAUAUUAAUAUUAUUAUACAAGGUUGAUGGGUCCCAAUCUUUAAUCAUAUUAUUAUACAAGGCUAAUGUGUCCCAAUCUUUAAUCACAUUAUUAUACAAGGCUAGUGGGUCCCAAUCUUUAAUCACAUUAUUAUACAAGGCUAGUGGGUCCCAAUCUUUAAUCACAUUAUUAUACAAGGCUAGUGGGUCCCAAUCUUUAAUCACAUUAUUAUACAAGGCUAGUGGGUCCUAAUCUUUAGUCAUAUUAAUAUUAUUAUACAAGGUUGAUGGGUCCCAAUCUUUAAUCACAUUAUUAUACAAGGCUAAUGGGUCCCAAUCUUUAAUCACAUUAUUAUACAAGGCUAGUGGGUCCCAAUCUUUAAUCACAUUAUUAUACAAGGCUAGUGGGUCCUAAUCUUUAGUCAUAUUAAUAUUAUUAUACAAGGUUGAUGGGUCCCAAUCUUUAUUCGUAUUAUUAUACAAGGCUAAUGUGUCCCAAUCUUUAAUCACAUUAUUAUACAAGGCUAGUGGGUCCCAAUCUUUAAUCACAUUAUUAUACAAGGCUAGUGGGUCCCAAUCUUUAGUCAUAUUAAUAUUAUUAUACAAGGUUGAUGGGUCCCAAUCUUUAAUCAUAUUAUUAUACAAGGCUAAUGUGUCCCAAUCUUUAAUCACAUUAUUAUACAAUGCUAGCGGGUCCUAAUAUUUAAUCCUAUUAUUAUACAAGGCUAGUGGGUCCUAAUAUUUAAUCACAUUAUUAUACAAGGCUAGUGGGUCCUAAUAUUUAAUCCUAUUAUUAUACAAGGCUAAUUGGUCUCAGAUAAAACCAAGCUAGAAAUAAUUUUGAUGUCACAUUUUGAAAUACUUGCUCAGACAAAAAAAUUUUAGAAUUGGAACACUAAACCAUGGUUGAAUGGUUGCUCUUGAUAUAGUAACUGCUGCCCACGAUAAUAGGUAACCUAGGUGACUGCAUCAAGCAUCUUACCAAUUAUUUUUUGAAAUGUAUCAUCAGGAAGUCAUCAAAUCCAAGCUUGAAGGUUUUUUGCUGGCCAGACAAUGGGAAUACAUUCAGCCCGUGGCAUUUCAACUUCUGACAAAACUCUGUCCCAGCAACACAUUGGUGAGGUGUGCUCGGGCAUGUCUACAGCACAGCAACUAUCUCCUGUCACAGGCCGUCCUAGAGCAUAUCAAUUCACUAGUCUCCAUCCCACAGGAAGACGGUGGACUUUUGGAGCAGAAAGUUCAGGCAGUAGAAUCUCUGCUCGCUGAGGGCUGGGCUGACCUUCUUCUUCUCAUGGCCAAUGGUCAAGACGUCUGUAGUUUUCGCCUGUCUGUGUCUGCCAUGGAGUCACUAUUAUUGUUCAUGAACAGGACGGAUGUUGCUGCUGUUAUUGAAGCCAAAUUAAAAAGUGCAUGUUUAAAAUUGCCAGCCGACAAUGAAGAAUGUGCACAGAGACUGAAAGUAUUCCAGGAUGUUUGUGAAGAAAUUUUGUCCCUUAACGGACACAUUUCUUGUGUUUAUAAUCAAAGUGAUGACUCUGAUGAGUUUCAAGCAAAGAAACCCAAACUAGACUGCUCUUUAAUCAAGGACAACAGCAACUCUGGAUGUCAGUUUAAAUCUCUUCAUGGCAGUCAAGCUGCAAACAGUUUUCUUUCUGCCGUCAUUAAUCAAAAUGCCAGUGUAAUAGCUUCAGGGCAUCCAAAGCUUUCCGGAGAUAUUUCCACCGAGAAAUUGGAUUCAAACCUUUUUGGAAAAGACGAAGAUUUUUAUUUGGACACAACAAAGGAACUCUUGCCCCUAACACUGAGCUUCGAACCUUUUCAGUCUCACAAGCUGAUCGACUCUGUCAUUUCCCUUGAUGUGAUGAAUGACUCGUUGAUCACCCUUGCCCUCUGGCUCGCCUUUCAUGAAAUAUUACAGAGAAUCAACCCACGAUUGCUCCGACAAGAGGCUGCUCGCAGCACUGAUCAGUAUGAAAGAAACUCACUUAUGCUUUUGCAUGACUUGGACAAAGUGUUGAACAGGAGCUUCAACAACUGUCAACGACAAAUGGAAGUGGAGCUCGGUGGCUACUUCAUGAAUCAGUUUUCUUCAUUGUUGGCUUACCAACCAAACACUGAUGGAGAAGUGCGAAAAGAAGUCUUGUUGAAGACAGUCACCAAUCUGGUUUCAAAGCUUCAACACUCCAGCAAAAAUGAGAACAUUUUAGUAACAUUUGUAUUGGAUCAGAGAAAAAUUCUAUUUGAUGUCCCCGAUGUCAGUAAGGAAAUGUUUAUUGUAGAUGUUUUCUUGGCCCAAAUGAACGUCCCAAACCAACAAUCUGGUGUGAACAGGUCACCCUUUCAACCUCUCUGUAAAUUGUUUGAUUUGUAUCUGCAGAGCUCAGUCAGCCAGCAAACGUUAGUCUACUUUCAAAAAAGUUCUAGAACCACCUCAGCGAAUGAACAAUCCUGUGAAGUUGCAGUAGAACCAUAUUCAAAAAGAAAGAUUUUAAACGGGACUGGGGAAAAUGCUCAAGACAUUAAUAGCAUCAUCAAAGCUUCUCUAUGUGCAUUUGGAGUUUCUAGCGCAAGUCAGUCAGAGUUAUCAGACCAUCUUAAAUCCAUGAAGCCACAGGAAUUGAUUAGCGUUUAUGAACUCGGCGUGUCCUGUGAUGGCGGUAGAGAAACACUAUCAGAAUCCAUAGCAAACUGUCUCCAAUCCAAGAAAAAGAACAGUUUUCCACUGCUGUUAAAUUGUCUGCUCAGUAUGAUGAAACAGUUGCUCCUUGCCAUUUUUGACUUUGAUAAGAAGUCAAGUCAAGAGAAGUUAUCAUUUCUUUCGGUCUGCUUUAAACAGAUGGAGGAUUGGUUUUUAUCAGAUGGUGAUUUUGAUAGUGAUGGAGACAAUGACCCAGCUGCCUUGGACUGCUUCUAAAUUACUGCUUUAAGAAUCAAGACAAUUUUUUUAUAAAAUAAAAAAUGUAUCUUUCUUCUUUAUUUAAAUUUUAAUUACUUUUUAGCUUAUUCACUUCUUAGAAAUGAUUACUGAAAGAAAUUAAUUCAAGAGUGCAGUGUUAUAGUUGUAAACUAACUUAUCCCUCAUAAACAAUUAGAUCGAAAAGAUAUCAGUGAGAAAAAAUAAUAAUGAAAGAAAAUCUGCACUAACAUUCUUCUUUUAUUUAAUUUAC